AUGCUGCGCAAAGAUGCAGCUUUUCGUAGGCCCUUGAGACUGAUUUUCCUGGCCUCUGGCAUUGGGCUAAUUUUUCAAGUUUGGACAGCAUGGCAAGGCUACCAAGACUCCUCUUCGCCAUUCGUGCCAGCGGGGAGGCAACACCAACCUGAUCGCCUGCGACAAACAGUUCGUUUUGGAUCGACAGAUCCACUAGACAACACUCAUGCUCCCCAGUCGCAAUACGACUGGGAAGGCGAGGGACUGUGGAAAACCGUGACUGUUUUCAACGCAGCUUGCUGGGGCUCCUCAUACAUCAGCUCAAAGGCUGGCAUCGAUGCGCUCAGUGCGGCAGGCGUAGAAGAUGCUCCCAUCGUUUUCGGUGCUCUACGGUUUGGCUUGGCAGCGCUGCCACUCCUGCCAUGGGUCUUGCGCUCAAGCGCUGCAGAGAGCGCCAGAACCAGUGCAAUUGUCGGCAGCCUGAAUGGGCUUUCUUAUGCAGCCAUCUUUACCUCAUAUGCUUAUGGCACGACUGGAGGAAAGGCUGCUUUCAUCACGUCCCUGCAGACGAUUGUUGUUGCUGCUUGCACUUCGCUAGCUACGAAGCGAUUUCAGCUUGGCACUGUAGUCUCCGCCAUCAUGGCUGUGGUCGGUGUGGGCUUCCUCGAGCUGGCAGGGGGCCCGAUGGAGACCACCUUGGGCGACUUGAUCUGUUCUGCAGCGCCGCUCGCGAUAGGAAUUGGAUGGUAUAUCCUGGGAGGAACGAUGAAGAAGUAUCCAGACGACGCUCUUCCAUCUGUGGCAAUUCAGUUUGUGUGCUUUACAGUGCUUUUUGUGGUGUGGACGCUUGGUGACGUUGGCUGGAAGCAUGGGGCGUCUGGCGUAGUAGACUGGCUUGGCCAAGCACCCGUGCUUUUGCAAACUCCUGGUCUUUGGCCGCCGCUUCUCUUCUCAACCUUCCUGGGCAAUGUCGUCACCAUGCUUCUGGCAAAUCGAGCCAUACAGUUCGUGAAAGUCUCCGAGAUCUCCUUGAUCGUGGCCUCGGAACCGCUUUGGGCUGCUCUUGCUGCCAUGCUCUACCUUGGGGAGGUGUUCACCCUCGGCGAUUGCAUUGGUGGGGGCUUUAUCAUUGCUGCCCUGGUUUGCAAUGAGCUGUGGCAAGAGGAGGAUGAACAGGAUGAGAACAAAAACGAAGAUGGCCUGCCCGAGACCCUGAGACUGGAGAAGCCAGAGAAGGAGUUGGUGAGCUGA